AUGAAGGUCCCCGUAGCUGAGCGCAAAAGAGCAUCCCAAAUUCGCCAUGGUCAUGCCGCCCUCGACCAAGCAUUCAGAGAAGGCUUCGUGUCCAUAUCAGCCAUGCCGCCUGACAACUCGACCCGCAACAUGUUCUCGGAGGCCGAGUUCCAAAGCAGGAACUGCACUAGCUCAAUUAUCAACGUUGGCCGCGGAGGCGUCAUCAACGAAAAAGACUCGGGCACGGCUCUCCGAAACAGAGACAUAGCCGGCGCGGCAACGAAUGUCUUCGAACAGUGGCCGGCAACGAAAUCCUACAGUCCAUUGCUGGAUGAAACGAUUCUCAAUCUGGUUCUGAAUCCACAUGUUGCCUGGUUAUCUUCCAAGACUAUUCAAUGCACCAUUGCGACGGCGGAACCGAACAUCGAAGGCUUCGUUGCCGGAAAGCCACACAAUCUGGCAUAG